UCCAAGUGCAGAAGCAAGGAUCUCUGCACUGGCCUGGCUGAGGCUGGCUGUGGGUUUCCAGCUCCACUCUAUGCAAAGCGGUGCUGUUCUUUCUCCAAUGGCCAUGCAAAGUGAUGUGGUCUCAGCAAUCACACAGCUGAGCGAGGACGUGAAGCCAGGGAUGGGGCCUGAUGACAGUGGCUCAUCCGCACCUCAGAGGGGACAGCAGGUGGUGAGACAGUGGGUGCAGAAGGCUCUGCCCGUUACCUAUCGACAGCUCUCGCUUGCUGGUUUGGAGCCUCAAAUCCGGAGAAAGCCAUCCACAUGCUGUACUCGGACUGCCCUUGUCAUCUACCUGCUGCUGCUAACAGUUGGCCAGGUGCUGUUGGCGUACAAAGUGUUUAAGAUGAAGGAGGAGAUACUGAAAUGUCAGGAAAAUAAUGCCUUCCAUGCUGAAGAGAUGAUAGGAAGAUCCUAUGCCGAUGACGUUCUUUUGGAGAAAAACUUUACAGGGAGGAACGUGGGACAUGGAGAAAACUGGAGGAGACACUUAGAAAAGGAAAUCACCGUAAUUAAAAGCAGCAAUGCAAACCUGAUGAUGAUGAUGAGCAACAUCACCCUGCUUGCAGGGCGUCAUGGACUCAAAGGAGAACCUGGUCCACCAGGGCUCCAAGGACCACCAGGGAUAAAGGGAGACAGAGGAAUUCAAGGCUUACAGGGACUGCAGGGCAGUAAAGGAGAUCGUGGUCCUGCCGGCCCAAGGGGUGAACAAGGAGAAAAAGGAAUAAAAGGACAGGCAGGAAUUCCAGGGCAGAAAGGUGAAAUAGGCCAGAAGGGCAAUCCUGGACCCAUGGGUCCUCCAGGAAACCAGGGAAUGCCAGGACAGCCAGGCUUCCAUGGUAGCGCAGGGGAGCCCGGACGUCCUGGGCAGAAGGGAGAAGCAGGCCCAGCUGGAGUACGUGGCCCCCCAGGACCUCCUGGCCCCAGCAGCCCUGGGCAGAAGGGGGAAAAGGGGGACCUUGGGCCCAAGGGCUCUCCAGGAAUGACAGGCAAUAUGGGACCCAAAGGUGAAAAGGGAGACAGAGGAGUACCAGGUAUUGAAGGGCAAAAAGGAACAAAGGGAGACCAGGGCCCACCAGGCAUCCAAGGUCCAACUGGUCAAAAAGGAGCCAAGGGUGAUUAUGGCAGUAAAGGUCAAAAAGGUGAACCAGGAGUAAAAGGAGCAAGAGGAGACCAGGGAAAUCCAGGUUCUCCAGGAACGAAAGGGGACAAAGGAGAACGGGGAGGAGGUAACUUCAACAACAACAUACGAAUCGCAGGAGGGGGCAGGAGGGGCCGUGUGGAAAUCUUUCACCAAGGGUCCUGGGGAACGAUAUGUGAUGAUGACUGGGACACCAAGGAUGCCUCUGUGGUCUGCAGAAUGAUGGGGUACACCCAUGCCAUCUCUGCCUUCACUGCAGGUGGAGGCUCUGGACAAAUUUGGCUUGACAACGUGAACUGCAGAGGGAACGAACAUUCAAUUUAUGAGUGUAACAAACCUGACUGGAGUGUGCACAACUGUUCCCACAAUGAGGAUGCUGGGGUGGAGUGUAUGUGAUGGGGCACAGGGCUGCCCCAGGAACCACUGCCCACUCAUGAGCUCUGUAAGAACUUUGUUCAUAACAUCCAUCCAGCUUCUUCACACAGAUGGAAUUCUAUUUUCCAUAAAUCAGCAAUAAUAGCAAGACUUGCAAAUAACCUGAGGUAUCCCAGCUGUCAGAAAUCAACUGGAGCUCAGACGUGAUCAAGUGCAUGGCUUUGCCACCUGCCUGCCACUAGCCCACCUGCAGCAGCUGUAGAGCUGCUCUGCUUUAGCUCAGCACAAUAGAAAAAAGCCAGCAGACAGUGCUGCAGCUUAGCUGGCCAGCCCUUAACGCAGUGCUGUUGUCAGCCUGGCCUAAAGCCUGUGGUAAAGAGUGUAUUAUUAAGUGAUUAUUAAAUUAUUAAGUGAUCUUUUUGGUAUGCAAACACAAAAGUCCUUCAGAUGAGAUGAUGAUUACGGGUCAAAAUGCAGCCAUACCAGUCUGGGAUCCAGGUUUAGCACAGGUCUUGUGUUUGACCUUGGCCAAGUCCCCUGCCUUUUCUGCCAGCAUUUUCUGACCUGUUCCCAGUAACAAAACCCUCCCCAUAUCUCCUGUAUAAAACUAAGUGCCAUCAGAUCUUUACAAAUGAGAUGCUCUACUAAAACAAUGAGAUGACAAAUAAAAGCAAUAAGGCUGAACUAUCAACUAAUUAACCUUUCACAGUGAAAAUAUGGUCCCUAAACCAAAGGCUUUUGCCUUAAAUUAAAGACUUGUGUCUGAGGUAAUAGCUGAAAGACUCUUAUAACCUAAAGUCUUUCCCUUUUUAACAGCACUAGGCCUUUGGCAGAUGACAAGAAGUGUAUGUAUAAACAUUGCAUGCACAGUGCAGCAACCCACUUGCUGACAUUGUAUUUAACAUGUCAGAAAUGUCUGUAAGCAACUGCACAUCUCUGCAUCAGCAUUAGCCACAUCUGCACUUACCUACACAGCUUCUAGACUCAAUUUUGGUGCUCACAAAACCAGAUCUAACUGGAAAAAAUAAGUGGUACUGGUAAGAACAGCAGGUGACUGUAUGUAAAUAAAGCACUGCCACUGCUAGGGAAUAAAGGAUUUACAAGCUGUA